UGCUGUAUUGUAUUUAAGCUUUUUAUUUUCUUUAUCAAGUUUGCCAGAUACCAAGACUUACUUGUUCUGAUUGACAGGCUUGCAUUAUCAGGGAGAAUUCUGAGGGAAAUUGGGGACCUUUGGCACUGAGAUGGUUAAAUGCACACUGUUCAGUCUGUUUCUUUGUAUCACUGGUGAGGGAUAUAUAUCCAUUUUCCUUAUCACAGUGAGGCAGCUGGGUGAUCUGUACCAGGAGAGAGAACAAUAGAGUAUAAAUAGAUAAAUCAGGAGAGAGAACAAUAGAAUAUAACCAGAAAUAGAGGAGAAUUGGUAUUGGGUAGGGAUUGAAGAUGGGAGCAGAUCAUGCUUAAUUAAAGCAAGAUUGUUCGACGCAGGUUUGAGAGAGAGACGUGGAGGAACAUGAAACCCACGGUACAACGGAAACAGAAAGGAAGGACCCAGGCAGGUGGUGCUGAGACAGGAGGGAUGAUCCUUUCCCAGAGGACUAAGAAACCAACUCAUUCCAAGUGGAAUAAAUGGGAGUUGCUGGCUAUGAUUGUCCCCGUUCUCCUUCUGCUUUACAUCUUACUGUGCUAUGAGAACUUCCAUUUCCACGUGGCUCAUAUGUAUGCUCACCUGGGGUACCCCAAUGCCCAACACAUUGUGGGGCAGAGAUAUCUUCAAGGAGCUGGUGUAGAAAAGAAUGAGGAGAUGGCCAUGCAUUGGUUCAGGGAAGCUGCAGAGCAGGGCCAUCCCCAUUCCUCCUUUAACCUGGCUGUGGGAAAGCUGAAGAACAUGAGCAUGUCAUUUGACAAAGGGGAAGUGGAAAAUCUCCUCAGUGUGGCUGCAGGUCAUGGGCUCCAAGAAGCUCAGGAACUUUUAGACAUCAUCAUCAGGAACAGAAAUCUUCCUUGAUGGACCCCAGAAGAGAUGACAGCACUCUCACCUUUCUAGUCUUUUUACUUGGGUACUGUAGCACAUCUUUUCUUCUUUGUCUUUGAUCAAUUUUUGGUCAUUUACUUUUGGAAACCUUAGAUGGGACACUACAUUUGUCUUGCACUGGAUCACUGUACUUAGAAAGAAUGGCAUUUUGUAUUGUAUGAUGCAGGAAGAAAUACCAUUAUAUCCAGUCAUCUUGAUUUAACAUGACAGAACUUCGUCUUGAAUCCAACUUGAUCACCACUCAGCACAGAUUUGUUCAUGCCACAGUCUUACAACAAGUUGCUGUUCAAUUUUAUCAUAGUACAAUAGCAAUAUAGCUCUGGGGAUGGGGAAAGGUAAUAAAAGUGAUCAGCAUAUAAAUAGCUUUCCUUUUGUUUGUAGCUCACUACAUUUGUACAGUGCAGGGGUCUGGAUAGGGUGAAAGGUGUGGAGGGGGAAAAUCAGCAAUGGACAUACAAAUGCCAAUGAUAAAGAACCUCUGUUAGACUACAUGGAUUGUAAUGAGAAAGUUAGCUUACUGUCUGUCUUCACUGCAAAAUCACUUUCAGGUAGCAAUGAUGUUAAGUAGCAUGUUCAUCUACUGAUAUUGUUAGAUCUGUCUAUUGGUUUAGGGUUUGAGACUGAGCUGGUUGUUAGAGGUGUUUUGUUAUGUGUUUAUGUAUUGUAAACUGAUCAUAGCUUAAACUAUAUGGUAAUAAACAAACAUGGCAUAUUUUACCAUGCAGUUUAUAAUAGAAAUUAUAAUGGUUUAAUAGAAAUAUAAUAGCAACUUCAUUUAGUAGCCAUCAUUGCUUAACAGCUACCUCUUUGUAAUGUAAAGGGCAGGGGAAAAUAAUUAAAUUUAACAGAAGCAGCCUUCAUUUUCAAGGUGCCUUCAGUUUAAUGAAACAGGGAGUAAUUGCUUGUAAUAGAAUGUACAGUUUCUAAACAAAGAUAGAGGGCAUUUUGCUAUCAAACUUAUUUUCCCCAUGGGAUGUGCCAGUCUGUUCUGGUUUGUUUUGUUUUGUUCUGGUCAUCACCGUUCAGGUUAUUUGUUGCAGAACAUGAAGUAACUGUUUUUUCUGAGAGUGUUGGGGACUAGAUAACUGCACUGUCAAGCCUGAGGGCUAAGAGUUGCAGAAGGAGAAGCAAGAGAAAACAAGGCUGAACAAAGGGUACGUCUUAGUCCCCGUCAGCUGCUUUUCUACUGCGACCUUGUAAUCAAAGAUGGAAAGGAUUCUAGCUGAGGAGUUCAAUCGUCCUGUGACAUUCUAUACUUUGGGGGAAGUGUACUGUAAUCCCUAUAUUCCUCAUUUUCAUAUAAUCGUGUUCUUACAUAUUAAGCAUGCCUUGUAAAGUAUCAGGGGAAAGGCUAUGAUCUGCUGAAAGUCAUUUCUCUAUCCAUUUAUGUGUAUCAUUAAUGCAUAUGAAGUUAUAAGAAUUGUGUAGUGUGGUUGUCACUAAAACAUGCUAUAAGUUGGGGAAAUCAGCUAGAUAUUAGCUCCCCAGAGGCAACAGCAAGGAAAGUCACCAUGGUGGAUGUGCCCCACCAGGCGGAAUGUCGACAACCAUCACAGCCAUUGUCCAGCAAGGGAGCUACAAUGCAGUGACUCACCUGCCUGAGGCCACACCAGGGGAUUUGCUCAACCUUGCUUGGAGAGACCCGACUCUGAACAUUUGCCAUGCUUUCUCUCUCUCACACCACCAUCUACAGACAUCAUCACCGCCAAGUGACUGAAGCACUGAUCAGAGGGGAGAGCCUGGCUGAAGAGCAGCCAGCCUGUGGUGAGAACCAUCUAAGUUUGUAAGGGCAUUGAAAGUGUUAAGAUCAGCUUAGAAUGCGUUUUGCUUUUAUUUCAUUUGACCAAAUCUGACUUGUUAAGCUUUGACUUAUAAUCACUUAAAAUCUAUCUUUAUAGUUAAUAAAUUUGUUUGUUUAUUCUACCUG